GGACGUCGAUCGUUACGACAAGAAUUAGUCGAGCUCAGAGCGGAGACAAGGUUAAGCGUUUGGGCUAUAACCAUGAAGUGGAAAGAACUGUCCUAUCUCGCGGUAAUACUGCUAGUGAUUUGUGUUCCCAUUAGUGAAGCUUUCGAAAGUUUUCGCCUACCCAACACCACGAUUCCAACCCAUUACGAUUUGUUCAUCAACACCGAAAUCCACAACGGCGACUUGGACUACAAUGGAACAGUGAAGAUAGCCAUAAACAUUCUGGAGGACACGAAGCAAAUAGUUUUGCACAGUUCGCGAAGUACCUUGGUGAAUGUCGAACUUACGAACGACAAUCAACUGCCCAUGAAAGUGAUAAAUUAUGAGUUACACAAUGAGCGGGAAUUCCUCGUCGUGUAUACGGCAGAUGUUCUAAAGAGUGGGAGCCGAGUGGUGCUUGCAAUCGAUUUUCUGAACAGUAUCAACAGAACGGAUCAGGCCGGCUUCUACAGGACGUCCUACACCGACGACGACGGGACGCUGAAGUAUUCAGGAGUGACCCAGUUUCAGGCAUGCGAUGCGAGAUCGGCCUUUCCCUGCUACGACGAACCCGGCAUCAAGACCACGUUCGACGUAAGAAUUGCCUGCGGCAUUGAUUAUCACGCCAGAUCCAAUGCCGAGAUUGCGAGCAUUUCCAUACUGUGAGUAUCGACGUUAACUGGAGACA